AGUGUGUCAACAAGAAAAUUGGACAAAUAAGGAUAUAAGAGCUAGUAAGGAGAAUCCACGUGGAUUUGUUAAAUGGUGUGAACAGGAGUUUGUAACAACAUUAGAAAAAAAGAAACUUCAUCUAAAUAUAAACAACAAGAUUGUUGAUAGAGAUUUACAUCAUAGAGAA